AUGGAGUACUAUUCAUCUUUGGAUGCAUCACAGCUCGACUCGGAGACACCCACGCUCUUCGAGUUGAUCUCGGCUGGCCAAUUGGAAUCGUUGUUAUCGCCUUCCUUGCGGUACAUCUUGGUGCACUAUGCUAGCAAGUAUCCUUACUACCUCUUGAGGGUCAAUAACCACUUUGACGAGCUCAACCUUGCAUUCCGAAGCUUUGUGGAGUGGUACUUCUUCAAGUACUGGCAAGGCUCGUUCACUGAGAACUUUUAUGGGUUGAAAAGAGUAAACCAAACUCCUAUCUCCGAUUCAAAGUACAAUAGUGGAAAGUUGACCCAGUUGGUGCCCUCAAUGAUUGAGGAAAGAAGGGCAUUGACUGGGUUUCAGAAGGCAGUCUCCAUAUUCGAAGUUACUGGCGUUGCUUACAUUUCAGAAAAGUUGGAAUACUUGCAUGAAACAUGGUACACCAAGUUCAUCACCAAUCAACUCAACCCCAGCGAGGGAAACACUAACGAGGAAAACCUCAAGAUCAACUUGAAGAGGAUAUACGUUCAAGUUUUUCCCUACUUGCAAAGCACAUACAGGGCUGGAAACCUCAUCACCACAUUGAUGUAUUUGAGUGGAAAAACCAAAUCACCUACAUUACUAACCUAUUUAUUCAACAUCAAUUACUCCAGAUUGAAUCUGUAUGACUACUCCAAGAACGAGCCUUCUGUUUCCAGCAAGUCGAAGACCAAAAUUAAUAAGGUCUCACCUCCAACAACCCUCGAUUAUAUUAUAAGGCUUUUAACCAAGAAUUUCACUAGGCCAUCGUGGAAAGUAAUCAAGUUCCUUUUGGGUACCUUUUUCCCGGUUGCAAUUUUCUCGUUGAAGUUUUUGGAAUGGUGGAAUAACUCGGGAUUCUCAUCCAAGCUCUUGAAGAAUCAGGGUAAUGUAUUGGAUUUCACAUUACCCCCACCAUCAACUUUGGCCAAAGCCUUAAGGGAUUCUAGAGGUGCUCAAAGCGAAAAGUCCGUCACGAACAAGGUCUACCGUUCUGGAAAAACAUGUCCUUUGUGCAAAAACGAACUUACGAACCCUGCAAUUAUCGAGACUGGUUACGUUUUUGACUAUUCAUGCAUUUAUAAUUACCUUGAAAAAUCGCAUAUUCUAGUCUCAGAAAAGGCUAGCAGGAAAUCUGAUAGUGCAAAGCAAGAUGAUGAUGAUGAUGAUGAUGAUGAUGAAGAUGUUGACGAAGACGAUGAAGACGAUGGAGAAGAUGAAAAGGGCGAGGCUGGAACUUCAAAGGAGGUGGAGAAGAUCUCUUAUGACAUUAACAAGGGUGGAAGAUGCCCUAUUACAGGUAGAAAGCUAUUAGGUUGUAAGUGGAAUGCAAUUAAGGAGGAAUGGGAUAUUGAGGGUAUACGAAGACUUAUAUUUUAG